CAGUUGACGUAAUCAUUUCAGUAAAUCAAGGCAUUCAUCCAUAUCCUAAGCCUGCUAGAGGAACGGUCCAACGACACCAGCAUCAGCCGAAUAAAAUAUCAGAAUCGCAAGCAUCUUGCGCGGCGCUGGAGAAUGAAACGCAGCUAUAAUGGGUGUAUAUAACAAAAAAGGAACUAUUAAGAACUUAACCGUCAGUCUUUUUUGAUUUUUGCUGCUGGUUGUAGACGUCAUUGGAGAAUUGGCACCGUGCAGGAUUUCUAUGGUGUUCUAGUCGUCUCUGCGUGUGGAUAUAUAGCGGAGAACAUUUUGUGGGAUUGAAUCGCAACAGCUUCAACCAUGUCUGGCGCCUCAGUGAAAGUGGCUGUCAGAGUGCGUCCCUUCAACUCGAGGGAGACCGGCAAAGAAUCAAAAUGUAUUAUACAGAUGCAAGGGAACUCCACCACUAUUUUGAACCCCAAGAACCCAAAGGAAGCACCCAAAUCCUUCAGCUUCGACUAUUCAUAUUGGUCUCAUACCUCGCCGGACGACCCCAGCUUUGCGUCACAGAGCCUUGUGUACAAUGACAUCGGGAAAGAGAUGUUGCAGCAUGCUUUUGAAGGAUAUAAUGUGUGCAUUUUCGCCUACGGCCAGACCGGAGCUGGCAAGUCCUACACCAUGAUGGGCAAGCAAGAGGAAGGACAGGAAGGCAUUAUUCCUCAGCUCUGUGAAGAACUCUUCGAGAAAAUCAAUGACAAUAACAAUGAGGAGAUCUCGUACUCGGUGGAGGUGGCUUAUAUGGAGAUAUACUGUGAGCGAGUGAGGGACCUGCUAAACCCUAAGAAUAAAGGGAACUUGCGUGUCAGGGAACACCCUCUACUUGGGCCGUAUGUGGAAGACCUCUCGAAACUGGCCGUCACCUCUUACACAGACAUAGCUGACCUCAUGGAUGCUGGUAACAAAGCAAGAACUGUUGCCGCCACCAACAUGAACGAAACGAGCAGCCGGUCUCACGCCGUCUUCACUAUCGUUUUCACCCAGAAGAAGUAUGACAGCGAGACAGACCUGUCCACAGAGAAGGUCAGCAAAAUCAGCCUGGUGGAUCUGGCAGGAAGUGAGCGUGCUGACUCAACAGGGGCCAAAGGAACCAGACUGAAGGAGGGAGCAAACAUCAACAAAUCUCUAACUACACUAGGAAAGGUUAUUUCGGCCCUCGCUGAGGUGGAUAACUGUACCAGCAAGAGCAAGAAGAAAAAGAAGACAGACUUCAUUCCUUACCGAGACUCAGUGUUGACAUGGCUGCUAAGAGAGAAUUUAGGAGGAAACUCAAGGACAGCUAUGGUGGCCGCCCUGAGCCCUGCUGACAUUAACUAUGAUGAAACUCUCAGCACACUCCGAUAUGCGGACAGAGCCAAGCAGAUCAAGUGCAACGCCGUGAUCAACGAGGACCCCAACGCCAAACUUGUGCGGGAGCUUAAGGACGAGGUGACACGGUUGAAGGAACUGCUCCGUGCCCAGGGCCUAGGGGACAUCCUGGACAUCGAGCCAAUGGGGGAUGAUUGCCUUGGAAGUGGAAGCAAAUACCUGAAAGAUAUACACAACAAUAAGCAUAGAUACUUGCUUGCCUCAGAGAACCAACGGCCUGGCCAUUUCUCCACAGCACCUAUGGGCUGCCUGACGGCAUCUCCGUCCUUAGGCUCUCUGUGCAGCCAGGCAGGGCUGCAGUCCGUUUCGAGCAUCCAGGAGCGCAUCAUGUCCACGCCGGGUGGAGAAGAGGCCAUCGAGAGGCUGAAGGAGUCGGAGAAGAUCAUAGCCGAGCUGAAUGAGACCUGGGAGGAGAAGCUGAGGAAGACUGAGGCCAUCCGUAUGGAGAGAGAGGCGCUGCUGGCAGAGAUGGGAGUGGCCAUACGGGAGGAUGGGGGAACCCUGGGUGUCUUCUCUCCUAAAAAGACCCCUCACCUGGUGAACCUGAAUGAGGAUCCUUUGAUGUCAGAAUGUCUGCUCUAUUAUAUCAAGGAUGGAAUAACAAGGGUGGGCCAGGCAGAUGCAGAAAGAAGACAGGAUAUUGUUCUGAGUGGAGCGCACAUCAAGGAAGAGCACUGUAUCUUCCGCAGUGAGAGAAAUGCCAACGGACAUGUGAUUGUCACGUUGGAGCCAUGCGAAGGAUCUGAAACAUAUGUAAAUGGAAAACGUGUGAAUUCUGCAGUCCAGCUGCGCUCAGGUAACCGCAUUAUCAUGGGAAAGAACCACGUUUUCCGGUUUAACCACCCUGAGCAGGCUCGCGCUGAGCGUGAGAAGACCCCAACAGCGGAGACCCCCGUAGAGCCAGUGGACUGGACCUUUGCCCAAAGAGAACUGCUGGAGAAACAGGGUAUCGACAUGAAACAAGAGAUGGAGAAGAGGCUUACAGAAAUGGAGAUCCUGUACAAAAAAGAGAAGGAGGAAGCGGACCAGCUACUCGAGCAACAGAGACUGGUUUAUGAGAGUAAACUGCAAGAGCUGCAGAAACAGGUGGAGACCCGCUCAUUGGCUGCGGAGACGCCUGAUGAGGAGGAAGAAGAGGAGGAAGAGGAUGAAGUGCCCUGGACCCAGCAUGAGUACGAGCUGGCCCAGUGGGCUUUCAGGAAGUGGCGAUACCACCAGUUCACCUCCCUCAGAGACCAGCUGUGGGGCAAUGCUGUAUACCUCAAAGAAGCCAAUGCCAUCAGUGUGGAGCUCAAGAAAAAGGUCCAGUUCCAGUUUGUCUUGCUCACAGACACCCUCUACUCUCCGCUGCCCCCGGAACUGCUACCUCCAGAACCGGAGAAAGAGCGUGACGCUAGGCCUUUCCCUCGAACCGUGGUGGCUGUGGAGGUUCAAGACUUGAAGAAUGGAGCCACUCACUACUGGUCCCUGGAGAAACUCAAGCAGAGGCUGGACCAGAUGCGAGAGAUGUAUGACCGUGCAGGCGAGAUGGCCUCGUCCAAUCAGGGUGAGGAUGGGGAGGGUGCUUUGACUGGCAGUGACCCGUUCUAUGACCGCUUCCAUUGGUUCAAGCUGGUUGGGAGCUCACCUAUUUUUCACGGUUGUGUGAACGAGCAUCUGGCCGACCGCACGCCCUCGCCCACCUUCUCCACCAGUGAUUCUGAGAUUACCGAGCUGGCUGACGAACGGCAGAGCGAGAUGGAGGACUUCAUGGAUGAUGAGGCUUUCGUGGAUGACACCAGCUCAGAUGCUGGGACCGAGGAGGGCUCUGACAUCUUCAGUGAUGGGCAGGACCCCUUCUAUGACCGUUCCCCAUGGUUCAUCCUCGUGGGCAGAGCUUUCGUGUACCUGAGUAACCUGCUGUACCCUGUUCCUCUGGUGCAUCGUGUCGCUAUAGUAACAGAGAAAGGAGAUGUGCGAGGAUUCCUGCGAGUGGGGGUCCAAGCCAUCGCUGCGGACGAAGAGGCUCCCGAUUAUGGAUCUGGUGUGCGUCAGUCGGGCACUGCUAAGAUUUCCUUUGACAACGAGUAUUUUAAAAAGAGUGAUUUCUCCUCUGUGGUCAUGACCCGCUCUGGCCUCUCUUUGGAAGAGCUGCGUAUUGUGGAAGGUCAAGGUCAAAGUUCAGAGGUCAUCACCCCUUCAGAAGAAAUGAACAGAAUAAAUGACAUGGACCUGAAGCUUGGGAACGUGGACCCAAAACUGGGUGAUGGUUUGGCAGAGCAUCUGGAAGUGGGCAGUAUUUUCACUUUCCGCGUCACCGUUCUGCAGGCGAGCAGUAUCCCGCCUGAGUACGCAGACAUCUUCUGCCAAUUCAAUUUCCUCCAUCGUCACGAUGAGGCGUUCAGCACAGAGCCGCUGAAGAACAUAGGCAAAGGUGCCCCGCUGGGCUUUUACCACGUACAGAAUAUCUCAGUGGAGGUGACAGAGUCCUUUAUUGAGUACAUAAAGACCAAACCAAUUGUGUUUGAAGUGUUCGGCCAUUACCAACAGCACCCACUGCACAUUCAUGGACAGGAAUUGGUCAGCCCUUCUCAGCCUUCCAGAAAGUACUACCCCCCACCUAUGCCUCUGUCUAAACCAGUGCCAGCCACCAAACUAAACACCAUUACCAAGUCCAACCUGGGUCAGUGUGUGAGCAAGUAUGACCUGCUGGCCUGGUUCGAGAUCAGUGAACUGGAGCCCACUGGAGAGUAUAUCCCAGCAGUAGUAGAUCACACAGGAGGUCUUCCCUGUCAUGGCACGUACCUUUUGCACCAGGGCAUCCAACGUAGAAUAACAGUCACUCUGAUCCACGAGAAGGGCAGUGAGCUGCACUGGAAGGACGUCAGAGAGCUGGUUGUUGGUCGAAUCAGGAAUAAACCAGAAGUGGAUGAUUCAGCUGCAGACGCAGUCCUGUCUCUCAACAUCAUCUCAGCUAAAAACUUGAAAUCUUCCCACAACUCCAGCAGCCUUUGUAUUGAUAGCGAUAUUGCUAGGACGUUCUACCGGUUCGAGGCUGUCUGGGACAGUUCCUUGCACAACUCUCUCCUGCUGAACCGUGUCACUCCCUAUGGAGAGAAGAUUUACAUGACCCUGUCAGCCUAUCUGGAGCUUGAUCACUGCAUCCAGCCUGCCAUCAUUACCAAGGACAUCUGCAUGGUCUUCUACUCCAGAGAUGCUAAGAUCUCUCCUCCACGCUCCCUGAGGAACCUGUUCGGCAGUGGUUACUCCAAAACCCCUGACUGUAAUAAAGUGACUGGAAUCUAUGAGCUUAGCUUGUGCAAAAUAGCCGACACAGGAAGCCCAGGUAUGCAGCGGCGGAGGCGGAAGGUUCUGGAUACAUCUGUGGCAUAUGUGCGUGGAGAGGAAAACCUGGCAGGCUGGAGACCCAGAGGAGACAGUCUGAUCCUGGAGCACCAGUGGGAGCUGGAGAAACUCGAGCAGUUGCAUGAGGUGGAGAAGACGCGUCACCUGCUGCUGCUCCGUGAGAAACUGGGUGAGACUCCUCCUCCUAAAUCCCUGAGCGACUCUCUGUCUCCAAGUCUGAGCAGCGGCACCCUCAGCACCUCCACCAGCAUCUCCUCCCAGAUCUCCUCCACUACCUAUGAGAGUGCCAUCACGCCCAGUGAGAGCAGCGGAUAUGACUCUACAGAUAUCGAGAGCUUGGUAGACCGCGAGAAGGAGCUGGCCACUAAGUGCCUCCGUCUCCUGACGCACACUUUCAACAGUGAAUACAACCAGAUGUGCAACAGCAUCAGUGACUGCAAGUUGUCAGAUAUCUCUCCUAUGGGCCGUGAUCCAUCCGUCACUAGUUUCAGCAGUGCCACUCUCACACCCUCCUCCACCUGCCCCUCUCUGUCAGACUCUCGGACCCCUGAAGCUAACUCUCGUGCCACCAGCCCCACAUGCUCAGACUAUGAGAACUUCCCCAUGGUGCCCAUUCUGGAAACGUCCUACCUGGCCCGUGCCGGCAAACAUGAGUUCCUCAACCUUGUGCCUGAUAUUGAGGAAAUGAGACCUGGGUCUGUGGUAUCAAAGAAAGGAUUCCUCAGUUUCAUGGAGCCCCGCUCCAACUCUUGGGUGAAGCACUUUGUGGUGGUACGUCGGCCAUACGUGUUCAUCUACAACAAUGAUAAGGACCCAGUAGAGAGAGGAGUGCUGAAUUUAUCCACUGCCCAGGUGGAGUACAGCGAAGACCAGCAGGCCAUGCUCAAGACACCCAAUACAUUCGCCGUGUGCACCAAGCACAGAGGGAUCCUCCUCCAGGCCAACAAUGACAAAGACAUGAAUGACUGGCUGUACGCCUUUAACCCACUCCUAGCAGGAACGAUAAGGUCAAAGCUGGCGAGGAGACGAUCCGGCCUGAUGAAGAACUGAACGAGCGUGCACACACAUGCAGAGAUAGUGCUCUUUUCUCUCUGUCUACCUUUACAACCUACCCAAGUGUGUUAACACUUCUAAAUCUUUGUGGUUCUUGACAGUUUCUCUUGUAUGUAGACCUGUGGCUCUGUUCUCCUCUCCAGCAAAUGAACUUUGAGUUCCUGAACACCAACUCUCUCCUCUCCCCCCUCUCUAUUGUGUUAUUGAUUGGAUUUAUUCUGUCUUCAGUUUUUGUUCUUUGUCAUAACUGAACCUCCUUCAAGUAGCAUGUUGUAAUAGUCUAUUUGUGUGUGCACGAAUCUUCAGAGCAGGUUCUGCUUUCUCUUGAGUUACUUUCGUCUGUGAAGAUCAUUCUUACAGUGUUGUCUGCCAGGAACAUCUUACCCAUGUGGCAAGAGCCACGACCCUCAGGAGAAAGUUGGCUUGCUUUAAAAAAAACAAAAACAAGGCAUUGAAUAAAAAAGAAAUAUUAUUAUUAAUAAUAAUAAAAAUAUAAUAUUAUAAUAUAUUAUGUUAUAAUAUAUUAUAAUAUAAAAUAUUACAUAUUUAACUAAUGAUCAACUUUCUCUGAUAGAAGAUAUACAAAACAAAUAGCUUUGCUCAAGAUAUUGCUGAAAAAAAAAAGAAAAGAUUUUUAGAUGGACCAACGCACUUCUUGAAGAUGCUUAAUUUUCUAAACGAGACAAAAAAUGACCCCUAAACUGAAUGUUACAGCAGUAUUGGCUUAAUGGGUUUGCCGAAUCAAAGCAAGCCGUGAUAGUCGGGAUGUUGACCAUGUACAUACAGCCGUUUACUCGCCCAGCCUGUCGUAAUGUAUUUGCUUGAUUAAUUCCACAUAUCAAGGACGUAAAACAUACCAUUAACAAAGUACUGUAUGUAAUCAUAAGACAUAUAAUACCAAGGAAAGAUGGUGAUGAUCUCUCACAUAUCACUCUUUCGGUAGCCUACAGGAGUAUUCUGCUCAAUUUAAACAAUUUCCUCAGUAGAUUAGGCUAAAAAAUGGUGCAAAAGAAUUACCUUAGACACAGAACACCUGACCGAAUGAAUCCAUAUGUACAUAACGUUCAGGAUUACUGUGCAUAACGCUAUUCGUGGGUUUCUGUCCUCACUGUAUUACUAAAACACCAUUUCCGGGGCUGUUUUAGCAAGAAAGCUCUGAUGGUUUCGCCUCUUCUGAAGACCAAACGCUUGAGUGAGAUACUGAUUUAAAUGGUUACGGUUUUGAAAUGAUGGAUUCAAUUAUUUUUCGCUGUUUCCAGAGAAAUCUCAAGUCGGCAGGAUCGUUAAACCAGGCUUUUUUCUUCUUGAGAAUUAAGCAUCACUUUUUAAUAUUAUUGAACAUUUACCAUGUAUCUCUACUGAUUAUCUUAACUUAUUUUUAUUAACAUGUGAUCAGUGUUUUACAUUAUUCGACGAAAGGCAAGAAAGGCACUUUUCCUCAUUUUUAUUCAUCUGUUCUCAUUUACUUAGACCAAGUUUGACACUAAAACACUGUCAGUAGAAAUGGGCCCUUUAUGCAGUUCACUGCAGUGCAGUGUGCAGUUGCAGUGCGAGAAAAGGGAUGGUUUGCGUUCUGCUUUUUUAUUUUUGUUUUGAAAAUCUUUGCUCUGUAUGUUUGAAGACUUGCCGUCAAAGCACAAGUGCUGAAGUUAGCAGUGAUUCAGUUCGACGGAAGUUUCAGGCGACAUAACGGUCCUCUGGUCGGACAACCAGCAGGACUCAUUGUCACAAGAAGGCUGAUCACUGUCAUUCCUUAUGAAGUCAAUAUUCUUGCUGCUUUAGCGCAUUUUCACAGGAAACACAUGAAAAUGGCUCGGAAAGUCGAGUCCUUGGGUCGGCCAGCCUGUAGGCCUCAUCUGAGCCGUUGGAUUGUUACAGCAUCUGUGAAAAUGUUCAAAUUGAAUAUUCAGAUCUGGCAUUUAGAGUGUGUAAUGAGCACUGAAGGAUAGCUUUUAUAUAAUUACAUGAGCUGAUGUUAUGAAUAUUUGCCAGGGCAAAGGUUUUUGACAUUUUUUUACCAUCUUUGUUGAGUGGCUUGGUUGACUAAUGUGAUAUUCAUAAUGAAUUUCAUUAACUGUAUUUAUUGUUUUGCAAUGUAUAUAUUAGUUUGCAGCUCUUUGCACAUAAUGUGUUUAUACAACUAACAACAGAACAAAUAAAGCUUGAACUAUGUUUUUGUUGUUUUCUCGAAUGGAAACCAAAUGGUUUUAGGUUGUGGUGUUUUACUCAUUGAAGUGGACUUUGAAUGUACCUUGGGUUUCACUAAAAAUGCAUGAAUUAUUGAUGAAAGAAGAAAAAUAUCUUAAUUAGGGACUGACAUGUUGCUGUGCUUAUUAUAGGAGUUUGACCAUGUCAUAAGGGCACUUUUUCACAUUUAGUUUAGUUAUGGAGGGCAGAGUUAUGAUGAGGCCUGUUCAUUUUCAUUUCUAACAUCAGGGAAUAUAUUUUCUAGAAAUACAACGACAUGUUUUGCUUUUCCUGAUGCAUUCACCUCUUUGUUUUUGUGCUCACUCAUGCGUUUUUCCCAUGCUGCCUUUGAAGCAACACUGGCUUUACUGUAUCACCCCUAUCAGAGGCCUAAUGUUUCCAGAUGAACAUCAUUCCCUCUCAUUGUGAUGAAACAACAGAAAACAGUUCAGCCGUGGCAUUAACACUGUACAUUAUUUGUCAGAUUGGCUUCAUUUUCAUACUUAUUUUGUAAAUAUUUCAUGUUGUAUGGAACUUGGAUUAAAAUGUAAAUAUGUCUCCUGUAUUUGUAAUAAUUAUAAUCCAUUCGCUGUAUAGCCUAGACGUGUAAUGCAUAUAUCUUAAUUCUGUGUAUGGUAAUCUUGCACCAUUGACCUGUUUAGUGAAUGAGGUAAAAAAUAAAAUUACAACCAGUGCAUUAGACAAAGAA